UACACUCUGUCCAUAACAAUAACUAUGUCAUAUUACACUAUUACACCACUUAAAAUCAAGAGGGCUUUGCGACCCCCCCCCCCCCAUGGCUCAUUGGUGCCCUCCUAAGGGGGUCGUGAGCAUGUGAAUGCAGCAUAAGUCCUCUUCUGCAGGUCAGAUGAACCAAUAAAAAAAAAGAGAUAAAAGAUAAAUAAAGUAAUGAGUGAUCCCUCUACUUCCUAAUAAAAGGAGCAUCAGUGUAAAUGCAGCUGUUGUCUCAUUUCUUGGACCUCCCCUCCCCUCCCACAGGACCCCCCUCGGUCCCCGGGCCGCAGCUUGGGAACCACCGGGUUUAAGCCAUCCCUCUCCGCAGGCUCCAUGCUACUAUUGUCUAACAAGAGAGCGGGCUAUUUGCAAAAUAAAGGUAGCCUACUGUCCUGGUCUUAGGCGCUAUGUUGGCAGAUACACAGGAGCAGGGUGGGAUGUUAAUGUGCAGCUGAAAUGAGCGGGUAUUAUCAGCGGUAGUCCUCCUGUGUCUCCCCACGGACAGCCUCCGCUCCUCGGCGGUCGGAUGCUGGAAGUCCUCGCUGAUAAGGGAGCACGCAGGGCUCGCAGAGAAAAGGGAGAAGGGACGCGGAAGGAAGGAAGCAAGGAAGGAAGGAUAGGGGAGCAUUUUAAUACCAAAUCGGGACACAUGUUGAGCUAACGGCCCGCUCCACCUCCCCCCUUCUUCUCCUCUCAAAUGCAUUUGUUGCCUCAAUCGCUUUCCCGUUACUAAUUACUCCGCGGUAGGAUCCAGCGGACCUCCUCUCUCCGGCUCCGAGGAUCCUCACACACCGUUUCUGGGGCACGAUCAUGGAUCUCAGCAAAAUCGCUGUCAGCAUCAAUAAGGCCAUCAACACACAGGAGGUCGCUGUCAAAGAGAAGCAUGCCAGGACCUGCAUCUUGGGGACCCAUCAUGAGAAAGGCGCCCACACUUUCUGGGCGGCGGUCAACCGGCUCCCUCUCUCCAGCAACGCAGUGCUCUGCUGGAAGUUCUGCCACGUCUUCCACAAGCUGCUGAGGGAUGGCCAUCCGAAUGUGAUAAAGGACUCCAUGAGGAACAAGGCUGAUUUAACUGAUAUGAGCAGGAUGUGGGGUCACCUGAGUGAAGGCUAUGGGAAGCUGUGCAGCAUCUACCUCAAACUGCUCAUCACCAAAAUGGAGUUCCACAUCAAAAACCCUCGUUUCCCUGGCAACCUGCAGAUGUCAAACAGACAGCUUGACGAGGCGGGAGAGAACGAUGUUAACAACUUCUUCCAGUUGACAGUAGAGAUGUUUGACUACCUGGAGUGCGAGCUCAACCUCUUCCUGGGUGUGUUUAGCUCUCUAGACAUGUCACGUUCGGUGUCGGUGACGGCGGCGGGCCAGUGUCGCCUGGCCCCCCUUAUCCAAGUCAUCCUGGACAGCAGCCACCUGUAUGACUACACCGUCAAGCUGCUGUUUAAGCUACACUCCUGCCUUCCAGCAGACACUCUCCAGGGCCACAGAGAUCGCUUCCAGGAACAGUUUAAGAAGUUAAAGAGUCUGUUCUAUCGCUCCAGUAACUUGCAGUAUUUUAAGAGGCUGAUUCAGAUCCCACAGUUGCCUGAGAACCCUCCAAACUUCCUGCGUGCUUCAGCUCUGUCGGAACACAUCAGCCCCGUGGUCGUGAUCCCUGCCGAGUCGUCGUCCCCUGAGUCGGAGCACGUGGUGGAGACAGACGACCUGGUGGACACAGACGUCCCCGUGUUGCCGGCUGCUCUGGAGACCAAGUUUGACGACCUGUUUGGCACCUCGGCUGCUAUAGACCCCUUCAACUUCAACAGUCAGAACGGCAUGAGGAAGGAAGACAAAGACCGUCUGAUUGAACAGCUGACGAGGGAGAUCCAGGCCCUCAAAGACGAGCUGGAGUCUUUCAGACUGGAGAGUGGUCGCUUGUGUCAGGCGCUGAGGGGGCGUGUCAAUGAGCUGGAGGCGGAGCUUGCAGAGCAGAGCCACCUGAGGCUGCAGGCCGUAGGGGAGAGCGAGUUCCUGAAAGCAGAGCUUGAUGACCUGCGGAGGGUCCGAGAGGACACGGAGAAGGAGCAGCGGAGCCUGACGGAGAUCGAGAAAAAAGCUCAGGCCAACGAGCAGCGCUACACCAAACUGAAGGAGAAGUACUCAGAGCUGGUUCAGAGUCAUGCAGACCUGCUGAGGAAGAACGCAGAGGUGACCCGGCAGAUGACGGUGGCUCGGGCAGCACAGGACGAAGUGGAGGCAGUGAGGAGAGAGAUGCAGGAGAAGGUGAAGGCCGCUCAGGAGGUUGCAGACAGACAGGAGCGCGAACAGCUGGAGCAGCUUCAGGAGCUCCAGAGAGAGCUGAUGUCCAGCAGGACGGAGCUGGACUCCCUGAAGACCACCAUGGCCUCAUCACAACAGGCUUCGAGUGAGGUGCUCAGCAACCAGCUGGUCGCCCUGGAGUCUGAGAAGGCGGAGCUCGUGCAGUCCUUGUCGAGGGUGGAGGCGGAGCUGACUGUCCGGGGGGAGGAGCUAGAGCGAGUCCAGAGCUCGCUGGCAACUGAGAGGGAGAGCGGGGUGAAGACAGCAGAAGCCCUGCAGAAUCAGCUCAAUGAGAAGGAGAGCAGGGAGCAGGAGUUGGAGAGCCAGCUGGUCGCAGCUCGCUGGUCCAGCCUGCAGGGAGCUGUGGAGGAAGCGGAGAAGAUCAUCCAGGACUCACUGGCUCAGAUAGAUGACCCGGCGCACAUCAGCUGCACCAGCUCUGCAGACUACCUAGCAUCCAGAUGUCAGGCCUCUUUGGACUGCAUGGACCGACUCCAAUCUGCCAGAGAGGCCUUCCUGGCUGACAGCACGGGUGUUUCUGGGCUGGUACGAGUGGUGACCCAGUGUGGUCACCUGGUGGGCGACACCAUUGUUCAGGGUAGUGCCACCUCCCACAUGGUGCCUGUGGAGCAAGCUGAUGCCCUGUCAGAGAGUGUGAAGGUGUGCGGGGCUGAAGCUCUGGCUCUGCUGGGCCAGAUGAAGCAGCAGGACAGCCUGGGUGCAGCAGACAACAGCAAGCUGAAGGCGGCUCUGGAGGCCAUCUUUGCCGCAGCAGAGAAACUGCGUCCUCGGGGUUUGGAGCUGCAGCAGGGGGAGCUGGGAGAUCUAGUGGAGCAGGAAAUGGCUGCCACUUCCGCUGCUGUGGAAUCGGCAGCUGCCAGGAUAGAGGAAAUGCUCAACAAGUCUCGAGCAGUUGAUACAGGAAUCAAGAUGGAGGUCAACGAGAGGAUUUUGGCCUCCUGCACAGAGCUGAUGCAGGCCAUCAAGCAGCUCGUCCUGUCUUCCAAAAAUCUGCAAAGGGACAUCGUGGAGAGUGGCAGGGGGGCAGCCACCAUGAAGGAAUUUUAUGCCAAGAACUCCCGCUGGACUGAGGGCCUGAUCUCUGCCUCCAAAGCAGUGGGAUGGGGCGCCACGGUCAUGGUAGAUGCUGCUGACCUGGUGGUGCAGGGCAAAGGGAAGUUUGAGGAGCUGAUGGUGUGUUCACAUGAAAUAGCUGCCAGCACAGCACAGCUAGUGGCGGCCUCCAAGGUAAAAGCAGACAAAGACAGCGCCAACCUGCACCGCCUGCAGCAGGCGUCCCGGGGCGUCACACAGGCCACUGCUGCUGUCGUGGCCUCAACCAAGUCUGGGAAGUCCCAGAUUGAAGACACAGAUACAAUGGACUUCUCCAGCAUGACUCUCACUCAGAUCAAACGACAAGAGAUGGACUCACAGGUCCUGGUUCUGGAGCUGGAGACCCGUCUGCAGAAGGAGCGAGAGCGUCUGGGCGAGCUGAGGAAGAAACAUUACGAGCUGGCGGGGGUAGCGGAGGGCUGGGGCGAGCAGGAAGAGGGUACGGGUUGAGACCUGCUGCUCCCGUCAUCCCGCUCCCGCUCCUCCACCAGAAGACCGGCUUCUGUCUGCCUCUUUCUAUUUAUACACUUUCACUCUUUCUUCCUUGUUUUCUUCUCUCUCUCUCUCGUUUUGUUUGUUUUUUAUCUAAGCCAAAUUAAAAGGUGCUUCUUUUCUAAACCCGCCCCUCCACCCGUGUCCAAAAGUUUCCAUACAGGGACAGCACCAAGGGCUCAGCGACGAGGGGGGCAUCAAAGGGAGGAACAAAUGGAUGUAAGGAGCGGAGGGUGGGGCACGCAGCCAGACGUCACCACCCCCCACCAGCCUCUCCCCCAAAGGACUGUGUUGAUGAAAAGCAGUCGAAGUGAAGUGGAUCCGUUUCAUCGUGUAUUUAUUGUCCUUUUCUUCCCCGCUUUUUAAUAACGGUGUCACAGCGGAGACGCUACGAGCACAAGUUCUACUCGAGACAUCCCAGGAAGCACCGCACAAGGGCCAACCUCUGAGCAGCAAAGAGGGGGAAUCAUUGACUGUUGUCGCCGUGCCCCAGCCCCCAAAUUCAUGUCUCUGUGUAAUGUACAUGGCGUGCAUGCUCUCCUACUUAAACAAGUGUCAUGGGCUUAUAACACUGUCGGAGCCUGAGCUGCUCUUUGUCCGUCUUUACACUCCUCCCCUAGUUUCUUCCUGUUCUUUUCUCACUGUGAGUUAUCACCUUAUUAAGUCCAUACGGCUUCACCGGCUGGUUCACUGGACUUUCUGCCUUUCACCUCUCCACCAUUGUAACGACCGUGACUGUUAACUCGACCUGGCCCCCCCUUUUUUUUCACAAUUAUUUUAACAGAUGCUCACAUGGAAACUCUUCAAACCGCUCCAAACUGGGGAGUCAUUUCAGGAAAGGAAAGGAAAGUAGCACCGUUGUUUUUUAUUUCCUCUCAACAGUCUUCUCCCUGUGAGCUUUGAGACUGCCAACUACCUCAUGCUACAUCGUCAGAGGUAGCGGUGCAUCAUGGGUAGGACUGAUGAGAGAGAACCCGCUGUUCAAACACUGAAAUCGGGGCCCUUUUUGUCAUUUCCCCCUUUUUUAUUGGUUAAAAGCAGGAAAGCGGGUAAGUGGGAGGAAGACCUCUUUUUAUAUAGAAUAAAGCAACAACACUUUUGAGUGUGCUACUUUUCUUCCUCAGCAACAACAGAAAAACGUAAAGCCGUUAAAUAAAGUUUAAAACCCGUAUCGGUGCGUAUUUUUUACACAGCGAUCAAGCAGCACUACAACUGAUCUGUCGCACAAGCUUUGGAGGCGGAGCUGUGAUCCACAUGCUGACAGCGUCGUCUUCCUGGGGACGUUCUGACUCUGCCAGUGUUCCCAGUGACACCCGCUCACUCAGAGAAGGAGCAACAAAAGGAAACCCUAAAACAAAAAAAAGUUUGACGUCUUUUUGCUCAAACUUGAAUAUGAGUUUUGGGACUGUUAAGGCUGCACAAACCUUUAUCAGUGACAUAUUUUACCUGGUUUAUCACCUGAUCUCACCUCUUCAGACACCCUGCAGGACUGACUGUUUUAUAAACCCUUCGCUGACUAACAGUCUGCAUUGCCAGGACCACAAAGGACUCGGAAGUACGCAGCCACUCGGUGACUGCUGUGUUUUCAAUUGCUUCCUAAAGACCAAGUAGCUGUGUAUAUAAACUACAAGCCUUCUAUUGUUGGAAAUAAUCUUUUGCUUUCUUUAAGUCUAAAAGCAUUCAAUAGCAUUACUUUUGUUGCAUCUGUUCAAGUAAGGAUUCAGUUUAAUUGAAUUAGGGAUACAAAAUGGUGCACAUGAAUGCCACAGGAGAGAGAGGUGGUUGUUUAACUGAAUUUCUUACUGCGAUUGAUGGACUGACUUUUCCGCUUGUUGCCAGUGGACUCUGUGAGCAGCCUGAUCUUGCCUUUGUGUAAACCAUGAGACGAGUAGACAUCAAACACCUUAUUUCUUCUUUCUGUUGGAUGGAUGGCACGUUUGCCUCUUUCUGUGUCUUAACAUACUUCGUUUGGACGCUCCGCUUCAGCUGUGUAUCUGAAUAAUAGAAAAAGUUGUGACACUGGUUUAUUUAACAGACGCUGGUCAAAUAGUAUGUGCCAAUAAUUCUUCUAAUGCAGUUGUGACACUUGCAGAAGCAGAUGGGUGCAACGAAGAAACAGAAAAAUGUUUUAUUAGACAGACUUUGAAAUAAUUUCCUCACUCAUCUGCUGCUCCAAGCAGGAUAAAACAAACAGCAGGUAUUAUUUGCAGUACUCUUCUGUCCAGGUCUUUGUAUUUAAUAAUGAUUUUAGCUGUGUUCUGUCACCUCUUCUACACCUGGGGAGCCGAUGUCAUUAGAAAUUGGAUUAUAAAACAAAAACGUUGCCACUUACAGAAGGAUAGAUCUACUUUUUACAGUAUUUCAAGUGUCUGGAAAGACUAAUUGAACGCACCUUGAGUGAUGUUUGGUUGUAUUUUUGCCCAAAUAUUCUUUAUUAACCUCUCUCUCUCUCUCUCUUUGUCUGUCUCUCCUCUCUCUGUCCGUCUCCUCUCUCUCGGGUCUGUGUCUGUAGUCGUACCAGCUCAGCCAGCCUUUCAAACUGCCUCACACUGUAGUAAAAGAGAAACAAAUACUCACAUAGCAACAUUGAAAUGUGUCUUUGUAUGAUAUACUAAAACUAUGUUGGUGGGUUUGUUUUUAUUUUUUCAGUUUUUAAAAAUAAAUAUUUCAACUCGUUAAUACAGA